AGUGACCUGCAGAAACACAAAGAAACGGUGUGUCCAGCAUUCCCCGUGCCCUGUCCAAACCACUGCAGCUUCUCCUCCCUGCUGCGGAGCGAGCUGUCCUCCCAUCAACACGACUGUCCCAAAGCUCAGGUGAGCUGCCAGUUCAUCCGCUACGGCUGCACCUUCAAGGGUCUGAACCAGGACCUGAGACAGCACGAGUCCACCUUUGCAGCUGAGCACCUGCGAAUGAUGUCCAGCAGAACGUCCUCGUUGGAAAACAAGGUGGAGGACAUCAAAGGGGAGCUGCUGGAGCGGUACAAGGUUCUUCCUGCCCUCAGCAGCCGGCUGUCUGAACUCGAGAACCAGAACGAGGAGCUGAGGGAAAAGAACCGGCAGACGGAGCAGAAACUCGCCACCAUGCAGAAACUGAUGAGCUCUCACUCAGAGAAGCUCCUGGAGGUGGAGCUGGAGCUGCGCUCUCUCCGAGCGCUCCGAGACGAGGUGGAGAACUUGAGAGGAACGCUGGAGAACGUCCGGACCAGACUUAACGCUCUGGAACAAGGAGGGCGCAGCGGGACGGGGUCCACAACACACACUCUGGCGUCUCUGGAGACUCAGCUGAGCGUCCACGAGAUCCGAUUGGCUGACAUGGACCUGCGCUUCCAGGUGCUGGAGACAGCGAGCUACAACGGCACUCUGAUCUGGAAGAUCCGCGACUACAAGAGACGGAAACAGGAAGCGGUGGCGGCCAAGACGCUGUCGCUGUACUCGCAGCCGUUUUACACAGGAUACUUCGGCUACAAGAUGUGCGCCCGCGUCUACUUGAAUGGAGACGGCAUGGGCAAGGGGACACACCUGUCGCUGUUCUUCGUGGUGAUGAGGGGCGAGUACGACGCCCUGCUGCCCUGGCCCUUUAAACAGAAGGUACGCACCUGCUCACGGACUGCAGCACAAAAACCAAAACCCUGGAGUUUUGUUUCUAAAACCUGUAUGAUAACACAUGACGUGUUCAAGGACUGUCAGAAAAUUGAAAAUCCAACAAUUAUUUCUGUCGUCACAGUUUCUG